UUCAAAUAAUAUUUUCGAUUGAGUCGUAUAGAUGGCAGUGCAUUUGCGCGUUCAUUUCUUUCUUCUCGAAAGUAACGUUUAUAAAGUGUUUAUCGAAAUAAAUUAACAAUAAUUUGUAAUGGAACAAUCUCUGCAAAAUUGGUCACCUUAUGCGAUAGAAUACGAUCCUUUAAAAGCUGGUAGUAUCGAUGGAACCGAUACGGAGCCUCACGACAAAGCUGUAAGUCGAGCUAUGCAAGCUCAUUAUGAACCUCCUCAUGGUUUGAAAUCUAAGCCUGAAAGAACGUUGUACGUAGCUAGAUUUGGACCGAAGAUAACCAAGCAAGAUUUAAAAGAGUUUUUUUCUAGAUACGGAGAAGUUAUAUCAGCAAAAGUUAUAGUAGAUAUAGUUACUGGUCUUUCACAAGGUUAUGGUUUUGUAGAAAUGAGAAACGUAGACGAAGCUAAAAGAGUAGUAAGACGUUGUUCUGACGCGACGCUGAAAGGAUAUCAAAUUUUUGUAGACUUCGAAUGCAGUCGUAUUAUGAAGGGUUGGAAACCUAGAAGAUUAGGAGGUGGCUUUGGCGGUAAGAAAGAAUCCGGUCAACUUCGUUUUGGUGGAAGAAACAGACCUUUCAAAAAGCCGAUAGUACCAAACAUUAUAAAAUCAUGAUUUUGAUUCUACAUAUCUAAUAUAUGUACAUAGUUAAAAGACACAGAAGUAACUUUGACGAUUUUCUAUAAUAAUAAUAACAAUAAGUUAAAUUG